AUGUCUUCCUCGCCAGUAUUCCACCCUGGUUUAACGUUUGCAACACUUGUUGUUCAAUUUGCCGCAACUAAAGGGAGCGUUAUACCUAGCUUCGUUCCUCGCCAUAAGGGUGAGGGUGAAAAUGAACACUCUACCGCUAGCGGCGGGUCCUCCGCUUCCAAACCAACAAGCUCUUCGACACCUCCAACAAACUCCACUCUAACUGGUUCCCAUUCUUCAACUGCAGCCUCCUCCUCCUCCUCCUCCAGUAUUUCAAGCUUCUCAAGCUCUAGUAAUACUGCCACACCAACCCCUACACCUCUUACCUUGCCGCGACCAGUUGUUCGAUCUGACAUCACCACCGCUGGUAUCGUUGGAGUAGUUGUUGGCUCAGUGGCCACUAUUGGAUUGCUUAUCAUGCUCGUAUCUAAAUGUAUCCGUAGAUAUCGCAAAAAUCGAGGGCGUAUGAAAGGUCCCCGCUUUUUCCGAGUGGGGAGCAAGUCUCCAGCAAGGCCACAGACUCCUGUGACGGAGAUGGCGCAAACGCAAUCCAGUCCUAUCAUCACAUCCGCCGUCACUGCAGGGUUUACCACACAUCCUUUUCUUUCACGUUAUUCUCAAUCGAUUUCUACCAACACCACCACAUCCCUAUCUCCACUAUUCCCAGCGGCAAGUUUGGAACGUACACGUAGUGACGCAGGCGCUUCCGAAGGGGGCGCAAGCUCUUCGCACACCGAUACAUUAUCGUAUGUUUCCAUGUCAUCCGUGCCCGUUGGGAAUGGUGGAAGUCCAGUUCUCAGCCUGCUACCUAUAAUAUCUGCUGCUGCCGCAGCGAAUGCACCGCCUCCCGCUGCACAUCUUCCAGAAGCAUCUAUACUACAUCGGUCGCUCACCCUUCAUCAGAAGUCCCUCGAGGAAGAUACUAAAGGUCGUGAUGUUGGACGUAUGGAUACUGAUGACAUAGAAAAGGAGGAUGACGGCGCGAAUGACCCUCCACCGAGCUACGACGCUUGA